AUGGCUUCCAACGACGAUAGCCGCUCCACCGACAAUAAGGCUUCCAUCGCCCUCCUGCGCCGCGUCCGCGCCGGAGACCACGUCCACUUCGUCCAUCACGUCGACGUAUGUGAUGCCGUUCCCGAGGUUCUCGUCGCCGACCUGGAGCCGGUGCCGGGCACCGGUGUCGAAGACGACGGCUACAGCAGGAUCUGGUACUUCUACCACGCCAAGAAGUUCACGAACACGCGAGGCAAGCUCAGCGGGCACAGGCAGCGCGCGGUCACCGGCGGCGACGGCACGAGCUGGCACUCGGAGAUAGGCCGCAAGGACGUCGAGGGAUCCGGUGGCGGCACGUUCUGCACCUUCUCCUACGGCCGCAAGACGGAGCCCUCCGCUCGAUCGAUCGACAGGAUGGGGUGGUGCAUGGCGGAAUACGACUUCGUCGCCGCCGACAAGAAACAAGACGAAGCCGCCGACGACAGCAGCAACUACGUGCUGUGCAAGGUCUAUCGCUCUCCUCGCGCAAAAGGGAAGUCGGCGCCGGUAUCGGCGUCCUCCAGCAAGAACGCCUCGUCCAAGACUGCCAAGAAGAGGAAGGCCGGCGGUGACCACCCCGAGGCGCCGCCAGCCAAGUCGAUCCAGCAGCAAGAACCGCAGGUGCACCAGGAAACCGCCUACUGCUAUCAGCCAGAAGACGUGCAGGAGGUUGGCGUGCAGCAGGCAGCAGGCCCAGGCGCGGAGUCGGAGCACUGGCACGGCGGCGUCAACUUCAACAUCGAAGACUUCAACGUCGACGAGUACACGGACAUCCUGGAGAUGUUGCAAGACGAGCCGAAGCCAGAUCCGGAGCCGGAGCAUGACGGCCGAUUCAUCGAGCUACCAUGUGGUCCAGUGUUGGCCGCCGAAGUCACCGCCGGAGAUACGACGACGUACGGCCAUUGCAGCAGCUACGCUCCGAGUUGGUUGUACACAUCUGCAACAGGAUGCAGCAGCGAGCUUCUUCAAGUUCAGGGACAUGAUCCCCUUCAGGCUCCAGCUUUCCUAUCUCAUGUGUUAACUGGGGCACAGGGCAUCGGCUACUACUACUAG